GGAGUUGACCAGUUUACCGGCAGUUUGUAUUUUCUUUCCCCCACUUUGAUGGAAGGUCAUGUCUUUUUUGCCUUGCAACUUUUUGCCUUUCAGAAGGGCUUCUUCCCAGUUGGGUAUCUGAAGGCAGCCGCAGCUCUCCCAGUCUCCUGUCUUCACCUGGAGGGUCUCCGGUACAUGGCAGUCCUGCCCAGUGUGUGUUUCCAGGCUCCGGGGGCGCAAGCAUGUCCGGGAUGUGUUCCCGCAAAUCCUGCAAAGCGGAGAGUGGGGGAGGGCUGCCAGCCCUCGCUGCGUCCAGCAACCUGCAAAUAUUGUUGCCAUAGAAAACCUGGCCUCAGAAAGGAAAAAGAGAAAAAAAAAAAAGAGCCUCCUUGCCUUGAGCCCCCUUUCUCCCUAGAGAGAGUCGGCUGCCGCCUGUGCAAGCAAACCCACAUUCCUCCUCCCGCCCUGCAGCUCCCGCGGCUCAGAGCAAGAGGGAGCUGCCCCGCGCCGGGCUGCCCGCUCGCCUCCCACCGUAACCUCUGCCGCGGGUUCCCAGGACAGCGCCCUGCCGGCUGCUCCGCUCCGCCUUGGAGAUGGCUCCCAGCCCUCCUUGACUGGGGAAUGGCAGGGUUGUCAGGACAACUGCUGAUGGCACCGGCGCCUGUUUUCUCCAACGUGCUGGGUGCUGAAUAUUUCACUGUGCCGUAGCAGGAGGAAGACUGGGGGCAGGGGCCGCAGCGGCACAGGUUAGGCAGUGGACAGAGACAGCAGAGCCUUCAGUCGGGCGUUUCUGGAACUCGUGUGUAUGUUUGCACCCGUGUGUGUGUGUGUGUGUGUGUGCGUGCGCGCGCCCACACUUGCUUGCCCCCCCACCUCCCCCGCACAUAUCUGUGGAGAGUAAGUGGGAGGGGGCUUAAAGUGUGGGGGGGAGCGUUGCUGCUAGGUGAGGGGAACUGCAGGGCUUCAGUUGCCAAGAGGCUGGUAGUAUCUGUCAGCUGUUUGCACACUGUUUACCCAUAGGGGAUCUAUUACAAGUGCUCAAAUGAACCGGCAGCCUAGGAACUAGCAGCUUCCUGGGAGCUGCAAUUACAUAAGCAUAUAUUUUUAAUAUUGCAAUAAUUAAAAAAAAAAUAAAGUCGCCGCGGUAUGCCUGGAUCAGCCACAGCUCUCCGGCAAGAGAGGCUGAAGAAGACUAACGCGAGGCCAAUUCUCCUUGGUUUAUUCACCAUCACUGAGGAAGAUGAACAGCAAAAGAAUGGACAUUCCAGAGGACCGAAAGCUCCUGACAACUACAAAGUGCAUGAAAAGAAAACUGCUGCCUCCAACCGGCCCUCUCAUGCGAUUUCAGGACAAAACAACACCCAUUCAGGCAAUAAACCAGACCCUCCACCUGUGCUGCGGGUUGAUGACAGGCAGCGACUGGCCCGGGAGCGCCGUGAGGAGCGGGAGAAACAGCUAGCCGCAAGAGAAAUCGUCUGGCUAGAACGAGAGGAACGAGCCAGGCAGCACUAUGAGAAGCACCUGGAGGAGCGGAGGAAGAAACUGGAAGAGCAGAGGCUGAAGGAGGAGCGGAGGAGGGCAGCUGUGGAGGAGAAGAGAAGGCAGAGACUCGAGGAGGACAAAGAACGCCAUGAAGCUGUUGUUCGACGGACGAUGGAAAGGAGCCAGAAGCCAAGACAGAAGCAAAACCGGUGGUCCUGGGGAGGCACUCUCCAUGGGAGCCCCAGAUUCCACAGCGCAGGUGGUUUUGUUGAAUCAUCAUUCUCCUCUCUCGAUUUAGCAGGCCUGGACCACCACUUCACCACUCUGGGUGGUACUAGAAAAUCUGAUCCAGACAGGCGGUCAGUUUCCACCAUGAAUCUCUCGAAACAUGUUGAUCCUGUCAUUAGCAAGCGGCUCUCCUCUUCAUCUGCAACUUUACUAAAUUCUCCUGAUAGAGCUCGCCGCCUGCAGCUCAGCCCAUGGGAGAGCAGCGUUGUUAACAGACUGCUGACGCCCACACAUUCGUUCCUGGCCAGAAGUAAAAGUACAGCUGCCUUGUCUGGAGAUUCAGUUAUCCCCAUUUGUCCUCGUUCAGCAUCUUGCAGCCCCAUCAACUCCAUGUCCUACAAAGCUGCACACUCUAGAAAUUCGAUGGACCGACCAAAACUCUUUGUAACGCCACCCGAGGGCUCUGCACGAAGGAGGACAAUUCAUGGCACCGCGGGCUAUAAAAGAGAGCGGGACAGAGAGAAUGUGCCCUUCCACCUCACAACUGGCUUCCGGAGGGCUCUCUCACCAUCCAAUCCCAAAACCAGAUCACCAGCCUCCUCUCGACUUUGGCUCCCAUCCAAAUCCUUUCCUCAUUUACCUGGCACACCCAGACCAAUGUCCGCCCUGCCUUCAGGAUCAGGCAAAGCGGGCCCUGCUCAGGCCCGGCCCGCUUCUCCGGGCAACGCUCGCCCUGUCAAGAGAGAAACUGAGAGAAAAGACCCUGACAAGGAAGCGCCUCGAGUUGCCAACGAGCCAUCCCUGAAGGGCCGAACCCCUCUCGUGAAGGUAGAGGAAGCCCCCCUGGAAGAGGGGACACCUGUGGAGUCAGAGCCGGCGCCCGCUGCUCCAGCCAUGGCCCCAGCCCCGGCCCCGUCUCCAGUCCCAGCCCCUGUUCCAGCCUCAGCCUCGGCCCCCACACCGGGCCCAGGCCCAGGCCCUUCAUCCACUGUGACCACUUCUCCGAAGACCUCCGCAGGCACCACAGACCCAGAAGAGGCUACCAGGCUGCUAGCUGAGAAGAGACGGCUGGCCCGGGAACAGAGAGAGAAGGAGGAAAAGGAGAAGAGAGAGAUGGAAGAACUGGAAAGACAAAAGAGAGAAGAAUUGGCUCAAAGGGUGGCUGAAGAGAGAUCUCGGCGGGAGGAGGAAUCCCGAAGGCAGGAGGCCGAGCAGGCCCGAGAGAAGGAGGAGCAGCUGAGGCGGCAGGCACAGGAACGGGAGCGGGAGGAGCUGGAGCGCGUCCAGAGACAGAAGGAAGAAGAGGCUCGGGUUCGUGAAGAAGCAGAGAGGGCCCGGCAGGAAAGGGAGAAGCAUUUCCAGAAGGAAGAGCAGGAGCGCCUGGAGAGAAAGAAGCGACUUGAAGAAAUUAUGAAAAGAACCAGGAAAACAGAAGCUCCAGAUAAGAAAACUCUUGAUCAGAGAAAUGGAGAUAUAGCCAAGGGAGCUCUCACUGGAGAAACAGUGUCUGCACUUCCGAGUCUAGUGAACGCUGCCGGAAGUGAAGAACCAGUGAGCAGCACACCUGCGGUUACCUCACACCAAUCAGAAGUGACUGUGGAGAGUACUGCCAACUUGGAAAAACCAAAUGAAAAUGGAGUAUCUGUUCAGAAUGAAAAUUUUGAAGAAAUCAUAAACUUACCCAUCGGCUCUAAACCAUCCAGAUUAGAUGUCACCAACAGUGAGAGCCCAGAAAUUCCUCUGAAUCCAAUUUUGGCCUUUGAUGAGGAAGGAACACUUGGGCCCCUGCCUCAGGUAGAUGGUGUUCAGGCACAGCAGACAGCAGAAGUUGUGUGAGCAUUUCUUCUGAAGAACCAAAGCAGAAAUUUAAAAAGAAUUUUACAGAAUGGAAUUCCUUCCAUGCUAUAUACAGGAGCAUUAUCCCUCCAAUUUUUUAAAGAUUCUCGAUCAUCAUUUUGAAAAGACUAUUAAAGCCAGCUAAAGACAACUGACUGGAUAACUUUUCUAAUAAUUUUCGCCAAUAGAGAAAAAGAAGCGCUCCUUAUUCUUCAGUACUUUAAAAUGGCUUUUUCCAGCGUGCUCCUUCUUUGCAAAUCAAUAUUUUUCUGCAUUCUCUAAAACCUGAGAACAUCUAACUAUAUAAAAGAAAUGGGCUAAUUAGGCAUGAUUUUUCACACAGAUAUUUUGGUCUUUAAAAGCUAAUAUGUAAAAUUGACAAAAAAGAAAUUUACAAUACUUGAAAAUAAGUACCUCUAUGCUCUAAAAGUAGAGUAAAUAGGAGAGGUGUUUAAAUUAAGCCUGUUUAAAUAUUAUUGCAAAGAGCUCUAUUUGUAGAGGCAAAUUAAAUUAUAGGCAGGUUACCAGGUUCUUGUAAAAGCAACUUGUACAUGGACAUUCUGCAAACCCAGCUGUCACAUUCUUCUUGCAUCUCCUUUUGCAAAUGCAUACUUAGCAGUUUUAAAAAUGUGAAAGAAAAAAAAUUAUUUUUUUCAAAGAAAAUAAUUUACUGUCCUCUUAAAGAAUGUAUUUGUAAAAGUUUUACCAGAUAAACUAAUCAAAUAAAUUAGAACAGUGUGACAACAUUGCAAAUUUGAUUUAUCAGAUGCAUUCCUUGCAUUACCAUGCUAGGAUUCAGGGCUAUUUCUGAAGUCUGUAUAUUGCUGCUGUCCCCAACAAUGGUGGGACAUAUCUUUGCCUUACCCAGUCACAAAUUAUGUGGGGGGAAUACAGAUUUAAUGUUUCUUUCAGUACAAAAAGAAUUUGAUUUUGCUCGUUUAAGAGCAACGAAAAAGCAGUGGACUGUUGACUGUGUGAUGUAUGGGACGCUGUGCAGGAGAGCGUCACAAAAGUCCUCUUCUGCUGUGGCACCCCCAGUUUCCACUUUCCAUUCAUCUAUGCUGCAGAGUUUAGCUGUACAAACUUGCACUUUCCUUUGUUAAUAGAAAUUCAAUUUUAUUUUACCAAUUUAGAGGCUGUUGGUAAUUAAAUAUUGCAAAAGAGGGAACACAUGUUUUUAUGUGGAAUGUUUUUUUAAAAAGGUAAAUUUUUACCUCUCGAGUGUGUUUUAUAGAAACAGGAAUUGAUCAAUCUACUAGAUCCAAUGAGAGAGCACUCAUUUAUUGGACUCCUUUCUUAAAAUCCAAGCGUAUCAUCUUUAGUUAAUAACUGAUUUUUAAAAAACAUUUAUUUGGGGUUUCCCCACCCCAUUUCUCAGCUGUCCAUGUACACAGUUAUUUUUAAAAAUCUGUUCAGCAAAGUUGUUUUGUUUAAAUUGACUUAACAUGAAAUAUCAAAUAAAAUGUGUUUGACAUAGUUUUCCUUUUAGAUUUCUCAUUCCUUUGUUCAGAUGAAUUCUUGAAUCUCCAAAUUUCCCUUAAUGACUUUUCCUCAGUGAGUUUUCCAGCUUCUUUUUGUUUUUUGCUUUUAUUUACACAUUUUUAGUUUAGGCACAGUUUACAAGACUAUUAAUGAUCGGGUUUUAUGCAUAGCACACUCCACACUCUCCAUCAGAGGGUCCACCUCCCUCCAUUGUCCCAGUGUUGUCCCCCCCACCCCUCAGUCUAACUACCCCCAUCACCCUCAUGGUUUUCCUACUGAAAUCCAGUUCUCAGUUUCUGUUGCCUUUGGGCAUUUGUUAUUCCUCUGCUAUGUUAUUUCACAUCUCUCACAUGUGAGAGAAUUCUGUCUCUCCUUCUGACUAACUUUACUCAGCACGAUACCCUACAGAUCCAUCCGCAAAGCAGCAAAUUACAUGAUUUCAUCUUUUCAUAAAGCUGCGUGGUAUAUCAUUGUGUAUGUGUACCAUAAUUUCUUCAGUCAUCUGUUCUUGGACACUUGUCUCCAGAUUUUGGCAAUUGUGAGUAGCAGUAUAAUGAAUAUAGGAGUGAAAAUGUUCUUUCUGAAUAUUUUGGGCCCUUCUGUGGUAGGUACCAUAAAUGGAAUUUCCCAGUUUUCUUUUGAACAAUCAUAUAUGUUGAUAUAAAAAUUUAGAAUAGUUGUUCUACUGUUACUAGGUUUUCCUUUUUUUGUCUUUACUUUUAAACUUGUAUAAUCAUUAAGAAAUAGAGUACCUUCUGAGUAGUCAGGUUUGAAAGGGUAUAAAUAAUUUUUUUUUCCUCAAGAACAGCAAUACCUCAGUCUGGAGCAGACCUUGCAUGUAGUUUGAUGCCCAGAACCUCACCCGGUCCUCCAAGCUUGCCAGGUCUGAUCUCUAAGCAAAGAGCCAGAAGUGAACCCUGAGCACAACUGGGAUGUGCUUCCCUCCCCACCCAAUAAAGAAGAGUUCCAGAGGGCUACUUAGACUUUUACAAUGACUGGAUUGCUUUCUGUCCAGCCCUUGAGAAUCGUUAUUCACCUGCUUAUUCAGAGAUAUCUUCAAGAGACAUGAAGAGCAUUCUCGGUGAUCAGAUAAGGUCAUCAUGGAAUGAGGAUAGAUGGACCUUUAGUUUCCUUUUCACACCAUCGAUAGGCCAGUGUCAUCACAGGUCUAUUUGUCUGCACAUUAUUUGCCAGCCUUUACAGAUAAAGCUAUGCCUCCUCUUCCACAACCUGAAGGUAUUAUACAUAUCAUGGAAGCAAAUGUUCAAUCCCCAGAAGCAACUCCCGAGCAGCAUCAAGUGUAGCCCUGAAACCAAAAGCAAAUAUUUUAAUAAAAAGCAAUUAAGCUUUUAUUCAGAGACAGGGCCUUUUGAAAACUUGGGGCAGUUUUUCUCUGCUCUAUGCCACAAACACCUGGACUGAAAGAUGCCGGUGAAGCCAAAGCUCUGAAGUUCUGAAGGGAGGAGCAUUAACGUGACUGGUGCUGUGGCCCCGCCUGAAAUGUGGCCAGCAGCACUGGCAGCUAUAGGACACAGAGCUCUGGGCAGUGUUCAUCAAAACAUUAGCUUGCAGGGCUGGAGCAAUAGUACAGUGGGUAGGGCGUUUGCCUUGCACGCGGCCAACCCUGGUUCGAUUCCCAACAUCCCAUAAGGUCCCCUGAGCACCGCCAGGAGUAAUUCCUGAGUCUUUAGCCAGGAGUAACCCCUGAGCAAUGCCGGGUGUAACCACAAAAAGCAAAAAUAAAUAAAUAAAUAAAUAACCCCCCCCCCUCCUAAAAAAAAAAAAUAGCUUGCAGGAUCUGCCAUGUUCUUAGACCUCAUUGAAUGGUUUUUGUUGUUUUGGAUCACACCCGGCAAUGCUCAAGGGUUACUCCUGGCGAUGCUGAAAGACCAUAUGGGAUGCCUGGGAUCAAACCCAGGUUGGCCACGUGUAAGGCAAAUGUCCUACCCACUGUACUAUCACUCCGGUCCUACAUUGAAUGAUUUUGCUUCUAAGCAAUCUAACCUUCCAGUCAUCAUUCAUGAAUGGAAAAUGAUGUGCUGGGUAACACUGGAAUAGAUUUAGAAGACAGAAAUGAGUACCCACCAAACUUUGGUCCCUCAAAUGUGCUCAAACCUACCCCCAAGGUAGGAUUACAAUUAAAUUAUACAUGCAUGGCUAUGUCAAAAAAUUUAUCCUGAAGCUUUCUGACUUGAAUUAUAGCAUAUUCAAUUUAAAAGGCACUAAUAAUGCUCCUAUCCUUUCCCUUAUUUAAAAAAAAAACUGAUCUAAGUUAAGACUUAAAUGAUUUUCAUCCGUUUUAUAUGUACAACAUAAAAAGUUACGAUGAACUGGCUAUUGGAUCAAGUUACAAAAGUGCAAUUCUUGAAAAUAACCUUCCAAAAAGCAACCUGCCCUACUCCUGUUUUUGCUCAGCAAACACCUGAGCCUAUUCAAAAAUGCUAUUGAUUGUCAUUUUCUGACAGUGUUUGGCACCUCAUUGAAACUUGCCUUAUUAAAACGUCCAGCAGGUGAACCAAAGGCUGAUUUUAAGUGUGUUAUAAAUAAAAUAUUCUGUUAGCAACUUCCAUUGGUGACUGCUGGGUUUUGGGGUGGUGGCUAGGUUUUUUUUGUUUGUUUUUAUGUAGUUUUUUUCUUAGUAUUUUUUCCCUUUCAUUUCUUCACAUUCAUCAUGAACAUGAAUAAAAUUAUCUGUGGACCUCAGCUCACAAGGGACCAAACUUUUCACCUCACACAUGCAAGGCAGGCACUUGGCCACUGAGCCAAACCCCCAGGCUUCUACCCCUGGGUUGGUUAUGCUGGCAGGUUUGAUUACAAUUCUAGAGGUCAAACUGAUUUUAGCAGUGUCAAGACUGGUAAAAUUCAAGAGAAAAAUUUUGAAUUUCUGUUAAGAGAUGGCAUGAAAGAUCAGAGGGUCUAGGGUGGCAGGUAGGAAACUGCCUUUCAUACAGUCAAUUUCCCCACACCUCAUAUGGUCCCCGAGCACUGCCAGGAGUAAUCCCUGAGCUCAGAGCAAGGAGUAAGUCCUGGAGAAGAGCCAGGUAUGUCCCCCCCAAAAAAAAGCAAAAAUGAUUAUUACUCUAAAAUUACUGAGACUACCAAUCACUUUGGCAUUAUUGGUUCCCUAAUGCCAUGCUGAAGACUAGAAGGAGAAGGUGAGGCUGGCCAGAAGUCUAGAUGAGGUGGAUCGGGGUGUUAGUCUAGAUGAGUCUAGAUGAGGUGGAUCGGGCUCAAGCAUUAGGGCAUGUGUAGCUUGUUCAAAGGUCCCGUUCUUUAUCUGGCACUAUAUGUCCCAAGCAAUAACAUGCCUGAAUACUACUGUACACACAUCCCUGGCAGUAGCCCUAAUUUUUAUUUUAAAAAUAGAAAAAUGCAUAGUGUUGACUGUUGACAGGAGUAGAAAAAUGGUUUAAGAGGUAAGAUUUGGUAUUAGACUUAGGUUGAAGACUCAUUCCUGUAUUUUCCAAAUCUGGAUUUCAUCUAUAAACAGGAGGAUAAUGUCCUUUACAUGACAAUGUCAGUAGUUAUUAAGGUUGCUUUAAAGAAGAGUAAAUAUAAAUUUCUAGUUUAAUAAAUAUUAGACUUUUCUGUCUCUAGUUAAAGCUACCUGUAGUAGACUGGUUCUCUGGCAAGGUCAUCAGGAAGUAAAAUAUUUUUAAUAACUGGUCAUCAAUUUUUCUAACAGCGAUCACCAGUACCAUUUAUCACGUACAUUUUUUAUACACUGCCUAUACUAUAUAUUUUAUCAAGGAAACAAAACAAGUGUGAACUUGUUUCUCUAAAAUUUUUACAUUUCUAAUCAUUUUUUAAAUUGUUAACCAUAUUCAAUGGUCAUCCCUCUUUAUUUCACACCAAAGUGUUUUCUUUCCCAAAUAAAUCACAUAUUUAUUUAUUUAUUUAUUUAUUUAUUUAUUUGGCUGUGCUGGAGACUGAAUGCAGGGCCUCAGGCUUUCAGACAUGUGGUCUAUCUUCGCUGUCUCCUGAGCCCAGAAGCAGAUACCUUUUUACUUUAUAUAGUAGGAGAUACUUCUUGAUAUCCUUUGACACUAAUAAAGUUAUCCUGUGAAUUGCAAAGCCAGCAGUGAUUUAAUAUUUCUCAGAGUUCCUGUCUACAUUGGCCAACCUUCAGGAGGUACUUUAGGAAGCUGGAGCAGCAGGAAGUUCCUAAAAGCAAACACUGAGAGGUUAAGUCACUGGGGUUCACACUGCAUCUGAUAAUUCUGUUUCCUUCCUAAUGGGAGUUGCCUUGCCAAAAGACAUCCAGAUAGAGAAAGCGUCUGGAAAAGAGGCUUGUGAAGACCUGUGUGGAGCUGAGGUCAGGAGGAGCCCCGAGUCCACCUUCCCCCUCAGAGUGGUUGACUGGAAUUUGCCUCUUUGCUCUAUGCCACACCUGCCCCAUACUAUUACUGGUGUUGCCUAUUAAUCGGAUAUCUGGUAAUGUCAGUCCCAGAUAUGUGAAUAAUUGAACUUACCUGGGGAAAAGGAAGAAAAGGUCAGUAAGGAACCAACAUCCUCAAUAUCCUUUUGCCACAGUAAGGGCAGUAAAAACAAAACUCUUCAGGCCACUCCUGGUGAUCUAUCUGCUCUCUCGGGCCAUCUAUGUGCAUAAACACUGGGAGACUCUGGAAAAGGUAGAAGCUCUUCUUCACUGGCUGGAUUCAGCUCCUGGAACUUACUGUGGGAGCUCAUGUUCUUUUUGAUUGCUGCUUAAUGCCUGUAUCACUGCCCUAUUCUUUCACAGGAGUUCACGUCCACAUCCAGAUAAGCUACUUGUACUCAAAUCGUUCUACAGGGUCAGCUUCCAAGGAAACCAGACUAAGAUGCUCUGAUCAAAAACCAAGUAACAUUUUUAUCUUCUGACAAAGAACAUAGAGUUGUUUCAAAGUGAAUAAACAGCAUGGAAAACCC